AUGGUGUUUAAGUGGCUCUUUGUCUACAGGGGGCUCGGGGUGGUCGCUGGAUUGGGCGGUGUGCAUCAGGCGGGGGUAGCGCAGGUGUCUGAAGGAAGAUGAAUUUGGCAGAGAUUUGUGAGAAUGCAAAGAAAGGCCGGGAGUAUGCACUUCUGGGUAAUUAUGACUCGUCAAUGGUGUAUUACCAGGGAGUGAUACAGCAGAUCCAGAGACACUGCCAGUCACUGAGAGACCCAGCCACCAAAGCCAAGUGGCAGCAGGUACGGCAGGAACUCUUGGAAGAAUAUGAACAGGUUAAGAGUAUUGUCAGCACGUUAGAAAGCUUUAAGAUGGACAAGCCCCCUGACUUCCCCGUGUCUUGUCGGGAUGAACCGUUUAGGGACCCAGCAGUAUGGCCGCCCCCGGUCCCUGCGGAACACAGAGCACCACCUCAAAUCAGGCGUCCCAAUCGCGAAGUGAGGCCUCUGCGGAAAGACAUGGGGGCAGGAGCCCGGGGACUCAUGGGCCGAGCACACCAGAUAUCGAAGAGUGACAAACCUGCAAGUCGGGACAAGGACUAUAGAGCAAGAGGGAGAGACGACAAGGCAAGGAAAAAUAUGCAAGAUGGCGCAAGCGAUGGUGAGAUUCCCAAGUUUGAUGGCGCUGGGUAUGAUAAGGAUCUGGUGGAAGCCCUGGAGAGGGACAUUGUGUCCAGGAACCCUAGCAUUCACUGGGAUGACAUAGCAGAUCUGGAGGAAGCUAAGAAGUUGCUCCGAGAAGCUGUUGUCCUGCCCAUGUGGAUGCCUGACUUCUUCAAAGGGAUUAGAAGGCCGUGGAAGGGUGUGCUGAUGGUCGGCCCUCCAGGGACUGGUAAGACUAUGCUGGCUAAAGCUGUUGCCACCGAAUGUGGGACAACCUUUUUCAACGUUUCCUCUUCUACUCUGACAUCUAAGUACAGAGGCGAAUCUGAGAAGUUGGUCCGUCUUUUGUUUGAAAUGGCUAGGUUCUAUGCCCCUACCACGAUCUUUAUCGAUGAAAUAGAUUCUAUCUGCAGUCGAAGAGGGACAUCUGACGAGCAUGAGGCAAGCCGCAGAGUCAAGUCGGAGCUCCUCAUCCAGAUGGAUGGAGUUGGAGGAGCCUUAGAAAAUGAUGAUCCAUCCAAAAUGGUGAUGGUCCUGGCUGCUACAAACUUCCCGUGGGACAUCGAUGAAGCUUUGCGCAGGAGACUGGAGAAAAGGAUCUACAUCCCCCUCCCGACAGCAAAAGGAAGAGCGGAGCUCCUGAAGAUCAGCCUCCGGGAGGUGGAGCUGGAUCCGGACAUCCACCUGGAGGACAUCGCAGACAAGACUGAGGGCUACUCAGGCGCUGACAUAACUAACAUCUGCAGGGACGCUUCUCUGAUGGCGAUGAGGCGACGCAUCAAUGGGUUGAGUCCAGAAGAGAUCCGGGCCCUGUCCAAGGAGGAGCUGCAGAUGCCUGUCACCAGAGGGGACUUGGAGUUGGCACUUAAGAAAAUCGCCAAGUCUGUCUCUGCGGCAGACCUGGAGAAGUACGAAAAAUGGAUGGUUGAGUUCGGGUCUGCGUGAUUGAUCAGCUCUUCCAUUUCUGGGAGUUUUGUUUAUGAAAUGAGAAGAAUUUCCUGAAAUUAAAAAAAAAAUCUGGAAUUUUUAAUCAGAGAAAUCUUCACUUAAAGGCCAAAACAAAACAAAAAUGUCUAGAGGUACAGAGAAAUGUAGUUGAGAAACAAGAGACGCUCAUAGAGUCUGCUGGCUUUGGGCUACCACGCCUUACACUGGUGGUACAGAAUAAGCAAGCCAAUGGCCCGGGCUGAAGGGGGCGGCUCUGUGCGGG